AUGUGGGCUACCACCGUCGGCUCGGAUGCCCUCCGCCGUAGAGAGCCCGGAAUGCCGACGAACCAAUGGCACCGUGGUGAUACUCACCCAGACGACAUCACACAUGCGACUGGAAGUGUUGGAGAUUCAGGAGCUCAUGACGGACCUAGUAGCUCUGAUGCGACCAAUAACGAAAGUGGCACUUGGGGUGAACGCGAUGUUGGCGGCUUCGACGAGCACGAGGCUAUGGAAGAAUUGGAGGUACUGAGACAAAACCUUUCGCAGCUACACGGAACAAAGACCCAGGAAACGCAGGCUAGUAGGCCAUUUGAAACAGCUGGCAACUUAUCUCGACGACAUACGAAGCAAGCUGAAGCAGGUGAGCUUGACGGAGACGAAAAGCCAGGGACAGAAGAAGAAGAGUUCGAAUUAGGAAGGUUCAUGCGUGAUGGCCAUUUCGAAAAGCGAACAGAGGAUGGAUCCGAGAAGCGAGUCGGCGUCAUCUACAAGAAUCUUAAUGUAAAGGGGGUCGAAAGCACAUCUUCCUUCGUACGCACUGUUCCGGAUGCGAUAAUAGGAACUUUCGGACCCGACUUGUAUAGAAUCCUUUCACAUUAUAUUCCCCUCCUUCGAUUCGGAAGGAAACAGCCAACGCGCACACUAAUAAACGAUUUCACUGGGUGCGUUCGUGACGGUGAGAUGAUGCUAGUGUUAGGCCGCCCGGGUUCUGGAUGCAGCACAUUCCUUAAAGCCGUCAGCAACAAUACCGAAUCUUUCGCAGCCAUCGAGGGAGAGAUAUCGUACGGUGGAAUUCCCUCCGGGAAACAGAAGCAGAUGUACCGAGGAGAAGUGAACUACAAUCCCGAGGAUGACAUCCAUUUCGCCUCACUCAAUGUCUGGCAGACAUUCACGUUUGCCCUGAUGAACAAAACGAAAAAGGGCGCGAAGGAAGAGAUCCCGAUCAUCGCCAAUGCACUAAUGAAAAUGUUCGGUAUUAGCCAUACGAAAUACACCCUAAUCGGCGACGAGUAUAUAAGAGGAGUGUCUGGUGGCGAGCGUAAACGAGUGUCCAUUGCCGAGACGUUGGCAUCGAAGUCGACGGUUAUGGCGUGGGACAAUUCCACCCGUGGAUUGGACGCAUCGACAGCUUUAGACUACGCCAAGUCUCUUCGUAUCAUGACCGACAUAAGCAACCGCACCACACUUGUGACGUUAUACCAAGCUGGCGAGGGCAUCUACGAGCUCAUGGACAAGGUUCUGGUCAUAGAUCAAGGCCGACAAAUAUUUUCCGGACCAGCUAGGGAUGCCAAACAAUAUUUCAUCGACCUCGGCUUCGAAUGUCCGGAGAGACAGACCACAGCCGAUUUCUUGACCGCCGUUACUGAUCCGAACGAGAGGAGGUUCAGGCCUGGAUUUGAGGAUAGAGCUCCUAAGACGGCCGAGGAGCUGGAGAAGGCCUUCCGCAAUUCGCCGAACUACCAAAAGCUACUGGCCGACGUCCAAGAUUACGAGGAACAUCUACGGAGUACCGACUAUGCGGAUGCGAAGAGGUUCGAGGGUGCGGUACGGGAUUCUAAGUCGAAGCAUGUCAACAAGGAGUCACCAUACACUGUUUCAUUCACUCGCCAAGUAAUGGCGUGUACGAAACGAGAAUUCUGGUUGCUUUUCGGAGACACGGCAACUCUAUGGACGAAAUUCUUCAUCAUUGUCGCGAACGGUUUUAUCGUCGGUUCUAUCUAUUAUAAACAACCCGCCACGACUGCAGGAGCAUUUACGCGCGGCGGUGCACUCUUUUUCUCGAUUGUCUUCCUUGGUUGGCUUCAGCUAUCCGAACUCACGAAAGCGGUUUCGGGACGAACCGUUGUAUCUCGUCACCGAGACUACGCCUUCUAUCGACCAUCUGCUGUAGUUGUUGCCCGAGUCAUCCAAGACAUUCCCGUGAUCUUUGUGCAAGUGUGCAUAUUUGGGGUGGCAAUGUAUUUCAUGACCAAUCUUGAUGUCGAUGUGAGCAAAUUCUGGAUUUACAUGCUAUUUGUUUAUACGACAACAUUAAUGAUUACGUCCAUGUAUCGAAUGUUCGCCAGUUUAUCGCCCGAAAUCAACACAGCUGUGCGUUUCUCUAGUCUUGCCCUAAAUCUGCUUGUCAUCUACACAGGUUACGUUCUCCCUAAGACACAACUCCUGAACGACUAUAUCUGGUUCGGCUGGCUCUACUGGAUAAACCCGAUGUCUUACAGCUUUGAGGCGGUUUUGACGAACGAACUUUCGAAUCGGAUAAUGGAUUGUGCUUCCUCACAGCUUGUACCUCAAGGACAAAAUGUGCUGCCGGAAUUCCAAGGAUGCGCCCUCUCCGGAUCUAAACCGAACUCCCGAACGGUGGCAGGAAGCGAUUAUUUGGCAACCGCUUUGAACUAUAGUCGCUCAAACCUGUGGCGAAACUUCGGCGUCGUUAUCGCGUUUAUGGUUUUGUAUAUCAUCGUCACGGUCUUUGCGACAGAGGUUUUCGAUUUCUCAUCCGAAGGAGGUGGUGCACUUAUCUUCAAGAAGAGCAAAAGGGCUGAGGAACAAGCACGCAAAGCCGCCGCGCCGUCCGAUAUCGAGAAAGACGCAGGCGCCGACAGCAGCGGGUCUUCGGCGACUAGGGUUGGCAAUUCAAAGGCUACGGCCGAUGAACAGAAAGAAACGUUGGAACAACUUACGAAGAGCGAAUCAAUUUUCACCUGGCGCGAUGUGGAAUACACUGUACCCUACCUUGGCGGCCAGCGCAAGCUUCUGAACAAAGUCAGUGGUUAUGCUAAACCCGGAAUUAUGGUCGCACUGAUGGGCGCAUCUGGUGCUGGCAAGUCAACCCUAUUAAAUACUUUGGCGCAACGACAACGUGUUGGUGUAAUAUCUGGCGAAAUGUUCGUUGACGGCAGGCCUCUGGGCCCGGAGUUUCAGCGAAAUACGGGCUUUUGUCUCCAAGGGGAUCUUCACGAUAAGACACAAACCAUUCGCGAAGCUAUCAAGUUCUCGGCACUUCUUCGACAGGAAGCAUCAAUCCCCCGAGCCGAAAAGCUCGCGUACGUUGACAAAAUCAUCGACCUCCUGGAACUCAACGAUCUUCAAGAUGCCAUUAUUGGCUCGCUUGGUGUCGAAUUGCGUAAACGACUGACUAUCGGUGUUGAACUGGCUGCUAAACCGUCCCUACUCCUGUUUCUUGAUGAGCCAACCUCAGGUCUCGAUUCCCAAUCCGCCUAUUCGAUCAUCUCUUUCUUGAAGAAGCUCUGCGCCGCUGGUCAAGCCAUCGUCUGCACCAUUCACCAGCCAAGUUCAGUUCUCAUCCAACAGUUCGACAUGGUACUCGCCCUCAACCCUGGUGGAAACACGUUCUACUUCGGCCCCAUCGGUGAAAACGGCAAGGACGUGAUUAAGUACUUCUCCGACCGUGGAGCUACCUGCCCUCCUGGCAAGAACAUCGCCGAAUUCAUCCUCGAGACAGCUGCACGACCGCAUAAACGUACCGAUGGCACCAAAGUAGAUUGGAACGAAGAAUGGAGGAAUAGCGAACAGGCAGAAAAAGUCUUGGAAGAAAUCGACGGUCUCAAACGAAUCCGCAGCACGGUAUCACAGGGUGCGAACCCUACCAAGGAACAGCAGAUGGAAUACGCAGCGUCAACAUGGCUGCAGACAGUAGAACUAACCAAACGUAUGUUCCGACAAUACUGGCGCGACCCCUCGUACCUUUACGGCAAAUUCUUCACGGCGAUCAUCAUCGGCAUUUUCAACGGGUUCACUUUCUGGAAGCUUGGGUACAGCGUCCAAGAUAUGCAGAACCGCAUGUUCACAAUUUUUAUGAUCGUCAUCAUUCCACCUACCAUUGUGAACGCUGUGGUACCUAAGUUCGAUUCCAACAUGGCACUCUGGGAAACUCGCGAAUAUCCAUCUCGUAUCUAUGGCUGGGUCGCUUUUUGCACAGCCAACAUCGUCGCCGAGCUCCCUGCUGCCGUCAUAUCUGCUGUCUUGUACUGGGCGCUAUGGUGCUGGCCUACCGGUAUUGCUAACGAUAGUUUCGUCGCCGGAUACUCGUUCCUAAUGACGGUUCUCGUUUUCCUAUUCAUGACUAGUUGGGGUCAAUGGAUUUGCGCAUUCGCGCCCAGCUUCACCGUCAUUUCCAACGUGUUACCAUUCUUUUUCGUCAUGUUUGGUCUCUUCAACGGUGUAGUGCAGCCCUACGCGAUGCUUAACGUCUUCUGGAGGUCGUGGAUGUACUGGGCGAACCCGGCUACAUACUGGAUUGGCGGCAUGGUGGCUGCUGGUCUCGACGGCAUUCCCGUCCAGUGUGAUCCGUCGGAAACCGCUCGAUUUGAUGUGCCCCAGAACCAGACCUGCCAGACUUACGCAGGCGAAUUUGCACGAACUGCUGGAGGUUAUCUAGUCAACCCCGACGCGAACAGCGACUGCCAGUAUUGCCAAUACAGCGUUGGUAACCAGUACCUCACCACGCUUAACAUCAAUGCCGACGAUAAAUGGCGAAACUUUGGUAUAUUUCUGGCUUUCUGCUUCUCUAAUUGGAUGCUCGUAUACUUCUUCAUCUACACGGUACGCGUUCGCGGUUGGAAUUUCGGGCUUAACUAUGUUUUCGGUACUCUGGGCAAGUUCGUAGGCGUGCUGAGGAAGCCGUUUAAAUGGGUGUCUAAGAAGGAAUGA